AUGGUUGUUGGUGUCAAUUUUGAUAGUGUGGCAAAGCUAGUGUUGUACGGCGAAGCUAGUGUUGGCACAGGUUUCAAAAAAGAAAACGUUACUGUGGUGAUGAUUGUCAACUUUGGAAACAGUGCGAAGUUGUUGUUAGUACAGAGUUGA